GCGCUACUGACGGAGCUGUUAUUUCUCCGUGCAGGCGCGAGUGCUGAAGAGGAUGAGGAGGAGGAGGAGGAGGAGGAGGAGGAAGGGGAGGAAGGGGAAGAGGAGGAUGCCGUGGACGAAAAUGGCCAGACUCUUCAAUAUGUCAGGAAGGAAGAUGUGGUGGUGCAUCCUCUCAAGGCAUUCACUCACUACGCAGAUCUGUCUAUUUCCGAGUUCUCAGAAGAUCCUCAUAACCCAGAUGCUAUUAGUCCGCUGCCUCAUGAGGCGCUUCCACCUCACCCAGACGCUCUAGCUCACACGCCCUCCUCUCCCCGCGUUGCCGCUGAAGCCAGGCCGCGUGCGGACGAGGCCCCCCGUGAGGUUCCGACCUCGGGGACUCACGCACUCAGUGAGUCUGCCGCCCCGGAUGCCCGGCCCAAGAAGAAUUACCGCAAGUACUCGAGCACUCUUCACGUGACGCUCUCCUCGAGGAAGCCCGACCCCUCCCCCAUUGCCCCAGCCAAGCCGUUCGACUCCCAUAAAUCCGAGCCGGAUCUCCGGUCCUCUGACGCGUACGAGUCCAUCUCAAGCGGCCAGGCAAAGCAGGAGGAACCUCUCCACUCCCCCGACUCCCACGCCCCCCGUCCGGAGAGCCGGUCUGCCCCCUCCUCCGUCAGGAACUCGCUCCUGCUCGGCGACUACGACGCGAGCGACGAAGAGGACUCGGUCAGCAUCACCACCGGCAGACUGAACCUCUCCUUCAGCUCCGACGGAAUCAAUGUGAAGUCGGAGCUGGUCCAGACGGAGCAGGUCGCGGCGUCCGAGCACGAGGCGGCGCUGGGGAAGGGGGCGUUGGGUGACGAGGACGAGGACAGCACGGAAACAUGUGUCAGUAAUCCUUUAGAGGCGGACGGAUCGUUGGAAGAAAGGGUUAGGAUGGCAGAGCGGAGUGACAAAAAGCCCGGCGAGGUGUCGAGGUUCGAGGAGCCCGGGAUGGCCCAGACACGCCCGGGCCCCGUCACCAUGCAGAAGGCCACCGCCAUCGUGGGCAAGGCCAUCGCGAAGGCCAUGGCGCGCGAGACCUCCGUCAGGGAGUCGCUCAGCAGGUCGGUGACGCCUGAGAUCGGUGACGCCCCCAUGGUCACGCCUGAGCCGUCGGAAGAGGAGGAGGAGACUGUUGGCCAGGCUCCGAUUACCGAUUCUGAAGAUGACGAUCACCUGCGCACUCUAGACACCAUCCCUGAAGAAGAGGAGAUUAGUGAAAUGACUGAAUCGGGCCGGAUCAUUUCUAGAUCAGCGUCUAAGAAUCUGUUCCUUCCCUUCAACCCAACGGACGUUGUCCACCUGAACGCCGUCGGCCGCGGCGCGGCAGCUGCUGGUACUGCCUCCCCAAGACCAACUGCCUCCAGCACCGCCAAGGCCGCGUCGGACGAGAAGGGCGGCACCCCCUCGGAGGCCGGACGCCCUGCCAGCAUCCCGGAGCGUGCCGAUGAGAGCGUGUCCGAGGCGCCGCACAACUAUUACAACGACCCUAAGUACAACUACUACAACGCCGCCGCUGGAGCGGAAGACGCCCCCGCCGAGGAGCCGCCAGUCAAGCUCGCUCCCAACGAUUACGAGACCAUGUACGAGGUCAAGCGAGAGCUGGACAGUUUGCGCGACACCAGCGAUGUCACGAUGGGGAAACUCAAUGCCCUCAUCACAAACGAAGCCCAAGACGCGCGCGACAACGACGACGAAGGUAUCUAUUACGAGGAGGUCGUCCUGAAAUCAGGCAUCGACCCUUCCUCUCAGGCAAAGACCGAAGCUGGGAGUGAACCUUCCACCACUACACCCUCCCGCAGGCGCCGUCGCAGGCGUCGACGUGGUCGUGGUCAGGGUGAGGGCGGCGAGGCAGGAGCGUCCAGAGCAGACCAAAGUGAACCUUCCGCGCCUGCGUCGUCGUCGUUAUCGUCCGCACCGCCCCCUCAGGCGCCAGCCGACACUUCACCGCCUCCGCCCGAAACGACGCCCUCAGCGUCGCCUGCGGAGUCUUCACCGGCACAAGCUGAAGCCGAGGCGUCACCGUCUGCGUCCAAUCCGGAGCUGCCUGAACCAGCCGAGACGCCAGCAGAUGCUGCGACUACCAAGGCCGCGGGCGGACGCCGACGGACCAAGUUAUCAGACAGUAAGACUUAUUCCAUGAUAGAAAUCGUGUCGACCAAGACCAAGGAGGAGGCCGCGGACUCUUCUCAGCCUGCGGAAGGAGCCGCCUCUACAGCCGCAGGGACUUACACCCGCCGCAGGAGACCCGGAACGGCCGCCGGCGCAGACGACGCAGGAUCAUCAUCGACGACCAACCAGUCCUCUGACUACGCCGCUGCCACUGCCUCGACGACCUCUUCGACGAGGACGAGGUCGAAGGCGAGGGUCUCGGAGUCAUCAGGAGACUCGGAAGACGAUGACCGUCCGUCGAGGGUGAGCGAGGAGGAUCCCUCAAAGAUCCCUCAUCUCUUGGUCCAGGUAACACGGCCUUAAUGCUUCUCACAGCUUCGCCCUCCAGUAACCAAGAGACAGACACCGAGUCUGCUCUCAGUGCAAACAUUUUUUCAUGUCUUUUCUUUUCUUUCCUUUUCUUUUUCUUUUUCUUUAUUUUGUUCCUCAAGUUCCUCCCCAUGUAUUUAAUUCUCUCGGCACGCCGGUAUUUUUUUCUCUCUCUCGCUCUGCGUAUAAACUAAUUUCUUUUCUUUUUUUAUUCAUUAACUUAUUGAGUUCCCUUUGGAGUCGAAUUGUCCGACACGAGAGCAGACUCGAUGACUUGUCUAAUGAGUGACUAUCGCCAUGCAUGCACUUUUUUAUUAUUAAGUUUCUUCUUUCAAAUUCAUAAGUGAAAUUGAAUAAGAAUAGAUCGUAAUAAAUUGAUAGUUUUUCCGUAGUCGAACAACGUUGCCACUUACACAGAAGUACUACUCUCUUUGCCACUAUAUCAAGAAUGCGCAGUAGGCAUAAAAUCACAGUUUUCUCUAUCGUAUAUUCUUCAGUAUUUCUUCCUUGAUGUAAAGAUAGCAAUUCUAAAUGUCAAAAAAUAUAUUCAGUUGCUGAAGUAAAAAUUACUAUCGCUAGGCGUCUGUAGCAUCUGUUGUAGUUGUUUGCAGUCUUAAGAGUGACCAAAAUACCGCUGACCUGUGACCUCGAGCACACCGACCGAGGGACAGGUAAGCUAAUGAGAGUGAUUCAAACCGCUUCCUCGCGAAUUCACAGUAGCUGUUCUAGCGGACUUCCAACACGAUUCUAGACUCGUGGUAGAGUUAUGUAGAAAAAAAGAAAUAUGAAGUAGACAUUUUGGCUCCGGUGUAUUUUCAGUUGCGGGCUGUGUGUUCCGUUUUGGUUCAGUGUUGUCUCUAUCGAUUCGGCUAACCCACAAUGAUCCAUCAAUAUAUUUUUUUCUAGAUUUCCUUUUUUUUCUUUUCUCUUUUGUUAUUAAUACGACAUUAUUUUUUCUCUUUUUUUCUUUUGUACAUUUCCAUUUUCAUUUUUGUGAUUUGAUAUGUCGACCAUACAAUAUUUUUUUUUAGAUUAUCAAAAUCUGUCUCAUCUUCAUAUGCACAUCUCAUUUCCACUUUAUUUGUUUAUUGAUUUUCCCUUUUUAUUGUGUUUCGCACAUGUUCAAAAGCUCACAUAUUCACCAUAUUUUUUCUUUCUUUUUCCCCCUUGCACGGUGUAGCUUCCUCAACUGAUUGACCAGGUUCGUACAUAUGCUACACAUCCUAUAAUCGUUUUCUGUUUGUUUGUUUGUUUUUAUGUUAUUGUUUAUGUUUUUGUUUUUAUGUGUUGUAUAUAGGGCACUGUCAUCUUGCGAUUCAGAUAUGAAAGACAGUGUAUAUCCAAGGGCCGUUCUUCUUUUCCUUCCUUCAAGCUUAUUUGAGAGAAUGGGAGAGAGAGAAG